AUGCCAGACCCAGCCGCGCACCUGCCCUUCUUCUACGGCAGCAUCUCCCGCGCCGAGGCCGAGGACCACCUCAAGCUGGCCGGCAUGGCGGACGGGCUGUUCCUGCUGCGCCAGUGCCUGCGCUCGCUGGGCGGCUACGUGCUGUCGCUGGUGCACGACGUGCGCUUCCACCACUUCCCCAUCGAGCGGCAGCUCAACGGCACCUACGCCAUCGCCGGCGGCAAGGCGCACUGCGGCCCGGCCGAGCUCUGCGAGUUCUAUUCGCGCGACCCGGACGGGCUGCCGUGCAACCUGCGCAAGCCGUGCAACAGGCCGCCCGGGCUCGAGCCGCAGCCCGGGGUCUUCGACAGCCUGCGCGACGCCAUGGUGCGCGACUACGUGCGCCAGACGUGGAAGCUGGAGGGUGAUGCUCUGGAGCAGGCAAUCAUCAGCCAGGCCCCACAAGUGGAGAAGCUCAUCGCUACCACUGCCCAUGAGCGGAUGCCUUGGUACCACAGCAACUUGACACGCGAGGAGGCCGAGAGGAAACUCUACUCAGGCUCGCAGACCGACGGCAAGUUCCUGCUGAGGCCCCGGAAGGAACAGGGCACAUACGCCUUGUCCCUUAUCUAUGGGAAGACUGUGUACCACUACCUCAUCAGCCAUGACAAGGCAGGCAAAUACUGCAUCCCUGAGGGCACUAAGUUUGACACACUCUGGCAGCUGGUGGAGUACCUGAAGCUGAAGGCUGAUGGGCUCAUCUUUUGUCUGCGGGAGCCAUGCCCCAAUGCCAGCGCCUGCGCCAACUCAGGGGCUGCUGCUCCCGUGCUCCCAGCCCACCCCUCCACAUUCACCCAUAGGCGGGUUGACACACUCAACUCGGACGGAUAUACCCCUGAGCCAGUGUCCCCAGAGAAACCGAGGCCGAUGCCCAUGGAUACAAGCGUGUAUGAGAGCCCCUACAGUGACCCUGAAGAGCUCAAGAACAAGAAGCUCUUCCUGAAGCGUGAGAACCUCCUCAUGGCUGACAUUGAACUCGGCAGCGGCAACUUCGGUUCAGUGCGUCAGGGUGUUUACCGCAUGCGCAAAAAGCAGAUCGACGUGGCCAUCAAGGUGCUGAAGCACGGCACAGAGAAGGCGAACAAGGAUGAGAUGAUGCGCGAGGCACAGAUCAUGCACCAGCUGGACAAUCCUUAUAUCGUGCGUCUCAUCGGUGUGUGCCAGGCUGAGGCACUCAUGCUGGUCAUGGAGAUGGCAAGUGCUGGGCCCUUGCAUAAGUUUCUCCUGGGGAAGAGGGAAGAAAUCCCAGUCAGCAAUGUGGCAGAACUGCUGCACCAGGUGUCCAUGGGGAUGAAGUACCUGGAGGAGAAGAACUUCGUGCACCGAGACCUGGCAGCACGCAAUGUCUUGCUUGUGAACCGGCACUAUGCCAAGAUCAGUGACUUUGGUCUCUCCAAGGCACUGGGUGCUGAUGACAGUUACUACACUGCCCGCUCAGCUGGUAAAUGGCCACUCAAGUGGUAUGCACCUGAAUGCAUCAACUUCCGAAAGUUCUCCAGCCGCAGUGAUGUAUGGAGCUACGGUGUCACCAUGUGGGAGGCUUUCUCCUAUGGCCAGAAGCCCUACAAGAAGAUGAAGGGGCCAGAAGUCAUGGCCUUCAUCGAACAGGGAAAGAGGAUGGAGUGCCCGCCAGACUGCCCCCCCGAAGUGUACAAACUCAUGAGUGACUGCUGGAUCUACAAGUGGGAGGAUCGCCCAGACUUCCAGACUGUGGAGCAGCGCAUGCGCAACUACUAUUACAGUCUGGCGAGCAAGGCCGAGGGUCCUGGUGGAGACCGGAAGGGAGCUGAGGCAGCAGCCGCCACCUGA